ACUUAAAUUGACGUGCUUUCAUCUUCUUUCCAUCUUAGUAAUUGUAAGAACUACUGAAAAAUAAAUGAAAGAACAAAAUGAUAAUCCAUGCCUACACAUUAUUAAUCAGAACUAAUUUCAUCCUAAGAUAAUUGUUGUUGUACUAAAAAGAAAUGAUAAACUUUAAACAUUUGAUUUUCCUCUAUUAGAAAACCUUUUAAUUUUAAUAUACUAUAAAAGAAGUAUAACUAGACAUUUGAAACUAUUUUCAAAUAAAAGAACAUUUUACGAAAUUUUAGGCCAAAUGGAUUUAGCUCGCAUGAUAUUGAUGGCAAUCUAAUUCAAUAAGUUCCACUCUAGUUAGGUGACACCCUAUCAAAUGAACUGA